UGAUAAAACAUAAAUUGGUGCAAUGAGAAAGUACAAAUAAUAUGUGUUGAUGUUUAUGGAUUGACCUACAAUGAUAAAUGCAUCGAUCAACACCAUUUCAGUUUGUUUCAAUUCUGGUGAUCUAUCUGGCAUGGCAUGUGAAACUUGGAUGGGGGCAGAGUAUCGAAACGUACAAUGAAUUCCUAGCAAUGACCAUGUCCGAUAUGUACCCUUGUUCGGAAUGCCAUUUUGUGACCGGCUCCGAAUGCUGUAGAUUUACUCUUCGGGAUUUCCCCACUGUCCUGUUGUUUGAGCAACAAUGCCCUCCCUCAUUGGCAUGGAAUGACCGACUCUGCAACUGUGACUGGCCUGAGAACGUACAGAAAUGUGAUCCACUUAAGGAUUGCACUACACAAAUAGCCCAGACGCCUCCCCCGUGCCCUGCUUUGAACUUGGCAAAACAAUGCUGCCUGGAAAAUAUCGGCCAGUGGUACACCAAGGUUAAUGACACUUCGUUUCGUUUUCAAAAUGACACCAUAGCUCAAAUUUGUCCCCUGGACCAAAUAUUUGACAUCGAAGACUGUUGCUGUGUUGAUAGAGCCCCAAAAGUUGCAACUGGCACAUCAUGCAAGCAUUGGCCAUUUGAUAUCACAACCAACAUCACUGACCAACUCCAGAACACCCUUGCAACAGACUUUCCUGACGAGGUCCAUAUGGUAGAAGGGAAAUUCGGCGAAGGCCUCAUGCUUCAACCUAAUGAGAGAAUAUCAAUCGCUGAAUUUACGGGCAAAACACUUGGACAUAAAGGCCGUCAAUUUUCCAUUGGGUUCUGGGUGUACACCCAAGACGCUGAUACAUCACCUACUAUCAUAAUCAGCAAUGGUGACGCCGAUGUGAACCCGACACUCGCGUUCCUCAGCUUUGGUAACACCAUAUCUGGCGGGGUUGGAACGGCUGGCGAGACAAGGGAUACCCCUACAGCUGACUACAUAUUCAGGGUUUUGAGGAAUGAUGGGUGGCAUUAUGUGGCAUUAGCCUAUAGUGAUCCAUUCACUCGACUCUACGUGGACGAUGUUCGUCCGAAGUUUUCAGAAAGUGGAGGAAAUAUCAUGGCCAAUCGAUGUCAAUUGAACAUUGGUGGAAAUAACAGACAUCCCUUGGUCAUCGAUGAGUUGGUGAUGUGUGACUUUGCCUGGACAUCACGUCAGAUUGUUGAGUUGAGAGAGGCUAAUACCAUUCCGUUUAGAGAAGACUGGCAAUAAUCGCCCAUGCUUUAAUCUGUAACAAAACUAUAACUGCUAAAAUAAACAAA